CAACAAGAGCGUACAGACAUCAACACGCAGCGACCAUUGGAGAGAGAGAGAGAGAGAGAGAGAGAGAGAGAGUAAAAACAGUGAAAACGGAACGCGAUUCACGAGGAGUAGCACAUAACACAAGCAACUGCACAUGCAUCCAAAGUCAAUGUCGUAGAGUUUGACAGGGUGACUGGACAGUAAAAAUUGCCUUCGACAGCUCCAGAUACGAUAAAGAAGGGAGAGGGAUUGUUUGGAGUGAGGAGGGGGUCACCAGCUGGGGCCUGGUCCACACAGCUUUGCCAGUACAACGGAAAGAUAAAGAAACACACACUCAAACACGCAGAGAAGGAGAGCAAAAGUUUAGGGAGUCAUAACUGCUUCUUGCAACUGUAUUAUCAACAAAUUAGUUUAGUCUCGUUUUUGUCUGUUUUGUUUCAUUACCUACAGUCAAAUCGACUGUAGACGUCACGUCAGUAUCAAACUCUGCAGUUAUUGCAGUCACACAGGUAUUACUCAUUUUUGGGGGUUUAAUUUAAUGUUUUUGGAUUCUGUUUGUUUGUUUUCAACGGCUGUGAACAGGAGAUCUCUUACACCACAUUUGACCUGUAGGAUUUUUGCCCUCCUGCACACACGCCCUGAAUUAAGGCAGCUAUAUACUUCAUAUAUCUUAAGUUGGAAAUUCUGAAACGCACACACAUACACACAAACAUACACACUUAUUGCCCCUCUCACCCAAACCUGGUCCAGCCUGAUCUUGCCUGCGCCGCUCCCCUGGACAGGACUUUCACCUCUGAGAAGGAAGGAAGAAUAUGACUGCUGAAACACUUAACUUCGGCCCAGAAUGGCUCCGUGCACUUUCCAGUGGAGGCAGUGUGUCUUCCCCUCCUGCCUCUCCUGCUAUGCCAAAGUACAAGCUGGCAGAGUACCGUUAUGGCCGAGAGGAGAUGCUAGCACUUUAUGUCAAAGACAACAAGGUCCCUGAAGAAAUGCAGGAUAAGGAGUUUGCUGCUAUUCUGCAGGAUGAGCCUCAACAGCCGCUGGCACUGUUGCCUCUCACUGAAGAGGAGCAGAGGAACUUUUCCAUGUCUGUCAACAGUGUGGCAGUGCUGAGGCUUAUGGGUAAAGGGGGCGGGGCUGUCCCGGCUGGGGUGAACCGAGGCAGAGGCAGUGUGCGAGGUGGCCGGGGGCGAGGAAGAGGAGAGGGAGGAUUCUACCAAAGAACCAGUGAGGAAGGAGAGGGUGGGUUUGGUCGUAGUGUUCGAGAGAUCCAUCGUAGCCAGAGCUGGGAUGACAGAGGUGAGAGGCGUUUUGAGAAACCACUAAGGAGGGAUGGUGUGCGGCUAGGAUUUGAGGAAACGUGUCCUACUGUAAGAAAGGAGUUCAUGCGCUCUGACAGUGACAAUUGGCGCACGCUGAGAGAGGAGCAGGAGGAGGAGGACACUGGAGAGACUGGAGGCAGCUGGAGACUCACUGGCUCACGAAAAGAUGGUACAGACGGUGGGCCUCGCUCAGCUGGUUGGAGGGAACUUGGCACUCCGGGUGAAGUUCGCCGCAGGAAGUUUGACUUUGACUUCCGGGAUGGAGGGAAUGAAGGAGGCAGAAGAAGAGCAGGAAGUGAAGGAGCAGAGGAGGAGAGAGAUGGUCUGCCAGAGUGGUGCACAGAUGAGGAAGAUGGAGAAAUGGGAACUUUUGAUUCCUCUGGAGCGUUUAUGUCUAUCAAGAAGGGCCCAAAAGACCCCAUUCCAGAAGAAGACUUUGAGUUCCAGGGAUUGGAGGAUGAGGAAGAGGAUGGCACUAAUCAAGAGAAGAAGAACGACAGUGGUGCAGAAAAAAGUGAGAAAGAUGAGAUAGAAUCUGCUUCUGUGUCUGAAACUGAAGUGAAGCUCAUCUCUUUUUCCCCUCCACCCUCUCUCCCUCCUCCUCUUCCUGCACCUGUCCCUGAGUUUUUGCCUUCUGCUGCCCCUUCUGGCCUGGAGGAGCCUCAGCCUGUCCCUUCCAUUCCCAACAAACUACCAAGUGAAGUGUUAUCAGAGGCCAUGUUAGAUUUGAGCCCCAGUGCCGCCUCCAGUCUGCCUCCUUCACCUCCCUCCUCUUCCUCUGCUGCUAUUAACCUCCCACCACUGGGGGGCGACAUUGAGGAUGAUGAGGGCAUGAAGCACCUGCAACAGGAGGCAGAGAAGAUGGUAGCAGCACUCCAGGACACAUCUCUAGAAGAAGAGUGUUUCACUCAGACUCUUCAGGAGAGCAGAAACACAGCCUCUGCUCUUCCUCUCUCCCAUGACUCCGCUAUGAAAUGGUUUUACAAAGACCCGCAAGGAGAGAUUCAGGGUCCAUUCAGUACAGUGGAGAUGUGUGAAUGGUUUCAGGCAGGGUAUUUCACCAUGAACCUGCUUGUGAAGCGUGGUUGUGAUGAGGGAUUUCAACCACUGGGGGAAGUCAUUAAGAUGUGGGGGCGUGUGCCAUUUGCCCCCGGUCCCUCCCCUCCGCCCCUCCUGGUGAGGAAUCAAGCCCUCCCUCGCCCUCAACCACCCCGGGGGGCAAUCGGUAAUAUGGAUCAGGAGCGGUUGAAAAAGCAGCAGGAAUUAGCUGCUGCUUCAGCUCUUUACCAGCAACUCCAGCAACAGCAGCUGUUCCAGCUCAUCAACAGAUGUGGAGAGCAGAGUGGAAUGCCUUCAAUGAACAGGUCGAUGUCAGUGCCAGAUACAGGGUCCUUGUGGGACAUGCAUACCUCAGCCUCACAGCCAGCAGGAGCAGGUGGUGAGGCCAGUCUAUGGGACUUAAUGAAUUGUUCAUCUCAGGGUCCAAUUCUUGAACAGCUUCAGAAGCUGCAUGAGAGAAGAGAAGCUGAACUCAGGGCCAAGCGUGAGGAAGAGGAAAGGAAACGGAGGGAUGAAAAAAGGCGAGAAGAGCAAAAAAGGAGGGAGGAAGAGGAGCUUUACAGGCGCAAGCAGCAGCAAGAGUUGCUGAUGAAAUUGCUCCAGCAGGUUCCACGUCAGGGGUCGUCAGGCUCCGGGUCCAGCUGGAGUGGAGGACCCAUCCCUGGGCUGGGGAAGCAGACCAAGCCCCUCAACCUCCUAGAGGUCCAGCAGGAGGCCGAGAGAAUGCACAAACAACAGCACAGAGUCCAGCAACAGCAGAGGUGGGGUGAUGCUUCUGCAAUGUGGGGAGCUGGACCUUUGGAUGGAAAGGUGGGUGGUGGUGGCAGUCCUUCAGGAGGAGGUAUGGGCGUCUGGGACGAGGCCCUCAAGAACCAGAGUGCUCUCCGAAACAACAUGGGGCUGAAGAACAGCCGCAGCAGUCCCUCACUGAGUGAGCAGUACAUGAUGAGGGGCCGUAAGCGCACUGAUGAAGAGGAUCGUCUGUUGAAGCUCCUGCAGGGGAUGAAGUCUCAGGAUGGCUUCACUACCUGGUGUGAACAGAUGCUGCAUGCACUCAACACCUCUGCCAAUAACUCCUCUUCCCAGGAUGUGCCCACCAUUGUGGCGUACCUGAAGGAGGUGGAGUCUCCGUACGAGGUGUUGAACUUUAUCUGCUCUUACCUGGGUGACACUGUUGAAGCCAAAGAGUUCGCCAGGCAGUUCCUGGAGCGCCGUGCCAAACAGAAAGCUAACCACCAGAGACAGCAGCAGCAGCUGUCCAAAGAGAUGGCUGGACUAACUAUGAACAACUUUCCUCUGCAGGACACUGUACGAGGAAUGAACCCCAGUGCCCUGCAGUCUAUGUUCCAGGCAGUGCAUUCUGGAAAAGGGGGUGUGGUAUAUGAACACACAGGAAAGCUGAAGAAAAAACAGCCCACGAUGCUACACUCUGACCCAAGCAUCUUAGGGUACUCAUUCCAUGGUGGCCCUGAUCGGUAUGGUCUAAACGAGAUGGAGAUUGUCGAGGAUUACUGAAUCCACAGCAAUAGCAACACGAGGCCUUUAAAUCCGCGGGUCCACCUAAUCAGACACCGCAAAUCGAAUGUGCACUGCUUUGAAGGGGAGGGUUUUGGGGAUAAGCCAGGAGUAAGGUAUCAGUUUGUGGGACGGGUGGGGGGUGGGUAUCGCUGGGAAUACAAGAAUGUAAUUCAACGGGGAAUGGAACAGGUGUGAAUUUAUUUUUGUGUGUUUGGGGGAUGAUAAACUUCUGGCACUUACAGCAUUAAGCACCUUACACUCAAACUAAUGCACUUUAUUAAGAUGUAAUUUGAAUUUUUUUUUUUUUUUUUUUUUUUUUUUUUGAGAGAGAGAAGAUUUACGUGUGUGUGUGUGUAUAUAUACAUAUGUAUGUAUAUGUGGUAUGGCUUCAGAAAUACUACCACAUAUAUAUACUCUGUGUGUGUGUGUGCGUGUGUUGAAUCAGAACUGGAGUUUGUGCUGGUAGUAAAAAAAAAAGGUGGCGAUCGGGGGACCAUUGCGUGUUUCAGUUCAGACAUUAUCAGAAAAACAAAUCCUCUCUUUAAAGAAAAACACUGUUGUUUUGUUUUUUAUAUAAAAAGUUUCUAUAAAAAGGUAAAGCUAUUAAAAAAACUUUGAUUAUAAAACUUGAAGAUUUGCACUCACAUAAAAUGCAAGUUAAAAAGAAAAAAAAAAAAGAAAUGCGUUAGAUAUUAUAGAGAUGAAUAUUUUUGUGAUUGUGUGCCUGUGUGUGUGUGCGUAUACAUGCAUGUUUGUUCGAGGCAGAAUGAGUAAGUCUGUGUGUGUGUGUCUGUGUUUAAAACUGCACAAUGUAUUUUUUUUAAUCGCUUAGAUGUAUGAAUCAAAAGAGGCCGUUUUGUUAUAUUGAGUGAAUUUUCUUUUGUAUUUUAUGAACAGAAUGUGCAGAUGUGAGCGCUCUUAUACAGGGGGAAACUGUAGUACUCCUUGUAAAGUGCAGUAUGUUUGUAUGUGAGUGAGUGAGUGAAUGAGUUAAAAGAAAGGCAGAGAGAGGGGGGCAACGGCACAACACAUCCUCUUUCACCAGCCCUUCAUUCCCCAACAAAGAAAAACCUCUAGAUUCAAACACGAAAGCUUUAGCCCAUUUUACGCCAACCAGCACUCUUAGUUUUCACGGUGAGGAGCGUAAGAGUUUCUUCCUGCCUCUGCUGCCUCAUCGUUGCCUCUGUGAGGAUUAAGAACGCAUCAUUAGCGUCAUUAUUUUGUUUGUGUGUUGUUGAAACUGAAGAGCUCAAUUUGAUCUUCUGUACCUUUAGAAACUGAUUACUUGUGGUACGUGUAUGUAUGUGUGUGUUUCUGUCCCCACGUGUGUGCCUAAGAACUAAAGGGCGAAUGAUUAAACUUCAUUGCUGCCAUUGAGACAUUAUUAUUUUUUAGUGGAGGGGUGUGGCUAUGUAUGUGGCUCCGCCCCCACACACCUCCCAUGCUUUUGAACCAAGAGCUUAGCAUCAUUCUCUGUCAGUUGUAGUGUAGCCUGGGGAUGCUUAGAUGAAAGAAAUGAUUGAUAUUUGGAGGAUGUGACCUAACAUUGCCUUUCUGUCCACUCUCUUUCUAUUGAGUGACUGGAGAUUCUUUUUCUGGCUGAAAAAAACAAAACAAACAAAAAACAAUGGCAUCAAACUGUGCAAGUGCAUGUAGCAGUGCACAAAAUGUUUGUAUAUUUUGUUACUUGUUCAUUAUUGUUAACGAUGACAAUGAUGAUGAUUUUUUUUUCUUUUAUUGUUAUAUAUAUAUAUAUGAAUAUAAACAAAGUGAAAAGUAUUGGACUACAAGGAAGAGCACUUGGGGCUGCUACAUUUUUCUUUAUUUUGAAAUCAAUUUUCCUUGGAUUUUUAGUUGCCACCAUGUGAAGUGCAUUUGUGUACUUUAUUUUCCUUUUAAGAAAACAUUGAAUGUAUUCCAAAAAUGUAACGGUGAAGAUGGAGUUGCUCAACACAGGAUAUUAAUGCGUAAUCAACAGGAGCGAAAUCGAAAAUCGUUUUAUAUUCAUGAUGGCUACCGCAAAAACACUGCCUCUACAAUCCUGUAUGACUAAGAAAAUGAAAACGAAAAAAACAAAAAAGAAAUUCUAUUCCAUACUGGAGUUUUGGUUGUUUACAAACCACACAGACAUUUGUGGGUGCUUUUUUUGUUUCUUUAUUUUUGUAGUGAUUGAAUAUGCGAUUCUGCAUUUUAGAAUCAUUUUGAUUGAGGGGAUUUUAAAGGCAUGACGUCAAACCCUUCCUUUGCAUGUUGAUAAAAGCGCAGCCUAUAUAACUUGCUGACUGAAACAAUCUUGAAUCGCUGGAACGCAACUAAUGGAAUUACAUCAAAGAUUUCUUCAUAUACCUUUGUCUUACGGAGAGGAGGUGUUCAAGAAUCAUAACAAAGGCAACCGUGUUUACCGAGCUGUUCUUUGUUUACCUUUGGCUAAUCUUUCUUUAUAAUUAAAUGGAAAUGACUUGUGAUCAUCAAGACAGAAGAAAUGCUUUAUGUUCCUAGAAAGAAGGCAAAAUGAGACGGCGCAGAUGAUCUCUUGGUACUUCAAUAUGCAUCAUUCAAAUGCUUUAACAUGUUUUCCCCCUUUUCCCCAAUCUUUUUUUUUUGGCUCAUGGAUUAUUUUGUGUUGUGUUGAACAGAAACAAAGAGAUGGAUAUAUCUGUGAUGGAUAUAGAUGAGAAGAACAAAAUAUGUAUGAUUUCAGAUCUGCCAGAUAAUUCCUUGGACAGUGUGAACACUUUAUUUUUAUUUUUUUAUUUUUAUUUUUUUUUGUGCUUUUUCUUCCCUUCUUUUUGAGGGUGGAUGGGGUGUCAUAGCCAUCAUCAUCAUAAAGAUAACAAAGGGACUAGCACUGCCCUGAUACCCUCACUAUGCACUUUUCAUUUGCUCAAAACAGUAAGGAACUUUUGCUCUGGCUUGGAGAGCACUAACAAGAAAGCGAGAUGUCUGUCUACGCAAAUGGAUGUUUCGGCCUAAGAAAAACUUGCAUGAGAGAGUGACUAUUCCCUCUUUCUCCGUAUUGGUGUUGUUUAUUGGGCUGUCUUAGAACUUCACCACAAGAGCUUUACCAUAGACGGAUAAGGGAAAUUUCAGAAUCUUUGGGACUUACAGAUCCUCAGAAUUUUCCCUUGGAGCAUUUUCACUGAACAAUGUUAAUAUUGAAAACUAGAUGAACAGUCUCCAAACUUGGUUACAGUGUGGAGAUUCAGAACAGAUUCAAUCAAAACAGUGUUCUACGUUAUGUUGAAAAGGAUUAACCUGCUUGGUCCAGGGUGCUAGCCAACACAAUGUUUUUGUGGACUUGAUUAUUUCAUUGAUGACUGAAAAAUACUUUUUGGAAAAAGAGGACUAGAGGAAUUUUUUUUUUUUUUUUUUUUUUAAUUGAAGAUAAAGAACCAAUAAGCUCCAUCAGCUUUAACAUCAACUGCUGACUGUAUGGCUGAAGUUCACCUUUGGCUUGAAGUGGUUACAGUGCUACCAGAUCGUCUGUUUGAUCUUUGCUGUUCCAGAUCUUGAGAUGAAGAUGAAGACUCUCCACUGAUUUGUUUUAUGCUUCAUUCAUCUACAUCUUCACUUCAGUGGAAGAUGCCCUUUACACGCCAGUGUUGGGGAUUCCAAACAGCAUGUGGAAUGAUGAAUGCCCAACAAAAACUAAGAGCCUAGAAGGAGAUGGAGGAAUCCAGUUUUCUGGAACCAUGGCAUCCCUCUCCAAGGAGCACUGCGAACUUGGGACAUGUUCUUGUUUCCUUGGUAGGAGGGAGAGAACUGUGAAUACUGGAACAGUCAAACCUGCACAGAAUAGUUCUGUGUGCAGCCAGAGUUACCUUUUCACACAGCACACUCACGUUUUAUCUAAAACACACCCUCAUACACAUACCCAUGAAUGGAUUUGCUAUUGUCAAUUACACACACACUCAACCUUACACUCACUGACAUGGCUGACCCCAGUCCCACCCCACCUGACCCCUGGCUGCCGUGUAUAAAUGUAUAUAAUCCUCUCUUUUUUCUCUUUUGGGUUUGUUUGAUUUUUUUUUUUUUCUUUAAUGACAUGCCUUAAUAGUUCAGUUCUGCCUAUUGAGGCACACUUAAAGAUGGGUGAAUUGAAAAGUGUUAACAGUCAUAGAGACUAGCUCUGUGACAUGAUGCAGUGUGAUUAUUUAAGAAACCCUUGAAACGUGCUUAUGAACCUGCUCUUCACUUAGACUUAAUUUUUAAAACAAUACAAAAGCUCCAUUGUGAGAUCUCAAAAAAAAGAUGCAGUGUAAUUUUCUUGCGCUGGUUGUAACUGAGCUAGUGUUGUAAAUGUAUUUCAGGUAGUACCUUAUGUAGAAGCACUUUUUGCCUUUUAUUUUAAAUACAAAAGUAAUCUGGAUGCAAAGCUGUUCAUUGAUCAGCACUGCUAGAAGUUUCUGACUUUUUGAUUGUGGACAGUGUGGUGUGGAUUCCUAGAUCAGUCGUACUUCGCUUAGAAGCUAUGAUAAUUGCUAGAGGCUUGGUGUUGAUAAUGAGUCGGAGUGCUGAUCUAGAAUCAGCUCCUUACUGUCCAUUUGUAUUUUAUUCAUGUCCGUAUGAAAGACAAAAACUGUUUCAAGGUCCUAAUUUACUAUGAUAUGCUUUUUCAUUCUAUCUGGUAUGACCUCAGAAUAGAGGUUGCUGUUGAGAAAUACUUUACUAACACAUGCUCAAGUGUCAGCUGUUACUGAAUUAAAGAUCUGAAAGGAUGUUAUUUGUUGAUGGAGGCGAUGCUGAUGUCAUUAUCUGAGUUAGGUAUUGCCCUUUAAAGAUGAUAAAUGGUUUAAAGUUGCAGGCCAGAUGAAACAAAUCUGAGAGUUCUAAUAUCUUUUUUGGUAUGCAAGCAUCCAUAUUUUUUUAAAAGUUAGUAAUAAAACAUGAGCAUUUCAUAUUUAUUGAUUCUGUGUGAAAAGCAACAAUACUGUUUUUCUUGAAUCAGGUCCCCUCGUGUGUUCAUGAUAGUUUAUUCAGCAGGAUAACUGAGACCCUAGAUCAGCACUUUUGUUGAGAAGUCUAGUGCAUAAUGAAAGAUCUUUUACAUCAAUAGUCCCCCUUGCUUUCUGCAACUUUGACCUGAGGUGGAUCUUUGAAAUUUCCAGACAUACAACAAUUUAAAAGCGUCAUUAGAAGCAAUUUGGAAAGAUAUAAGGUUUGAAUAUUCAUCAUGUAAAUAGUUUUGGGGGUUUCGGGUUUGUUUGAAGAAAAGAAAAAUAAUAAAUAACUAAGAAUAAAUCA